AUGGACUUUAUCGAAGUAGCGGAGAGUUUUAGUGACGAGGACGAGGAAGUAUCCGAAAUUGGAGAUUAUGAAUCGGGCGAUGAAGAAAUUGAAGUUUCGGACGACGACCUUGAAGAAAUUAUUCUGGAAGACCUACCCGAAUAUUUAUCUAGAGACAAAACUAUACAAUGGUACGAACAUCCUUUCCGACAUUCACGAAGAAGUACAAACCCAUCACUACAACCCGGAAUAACACCCUACGCCGCUUCAAGGAUCUCUGAUAUUCAGUCAUCAUUCGAUCUAUUUCUACCACCGCAGUUGGAAACGAUAAUUUUGCGAAAUACGAAUCGGGAAGGACGUAGAGUCUUAGGAGCCACUUUUAAAGAUAUCGAUACGCCAACUUUGCGAGCUUACAUCGGACUUUUGAUUCUUGCAGGAGUGUACCGAUCUAACAAUGAAGCAACUGAAAGUUUGUGGGAUGCUGAAAUAGGACGUCCAAUUUUUCGAGCCGUCAUGUCGAAUAAAACGUUCAAGAAGAUCUCACGAUUCAUUCGUUUUGAUGAUCGGUCCACGAGGAGUAGCCGCCGGGAAACAGACAAGUUUGCACCCAUCCGCGAGCUGUGGGACUCGUGGGUAGAUAUUUUACCAAAACUCUACAAUCCGCAAAAGAAUAUUACCAUUGACGAGCAGCUGGUUCCCUUUAGGGGCAGAUGUCCUUUCAGGCAAUAUAUGCCAAUGAAACCUGCUAAAUAUGGAAUGAAGAAUUGGGUAGCUUGCGACAGCGGUACAAGCUACGUCUGGAAUAUACAACCUUACACCGGAAGAAUAAACAAUACACCAGAAAGAAAUCAAGGAAUGCGAGUCGUUCAAGACCUGACUGCUGGAUUGAAAGGUUACAACAUUACGGUAGAUAAUUUUUUUACAUCCUAUGAACUUGCACAAAAGCUCUUGAAACGAGGGAUUACAUCAGUUGGAACAAUUCGAAAAAAUAAACCUUCGAUUCCGAGAGUUCUUUUGGAAUCAAAGAAGUGGCCUGCACAAAGUUCGAAAUUCGCAUUUACCAAAGAUACGACGUUGGUUACGUAUGUACCAAAGAAAAAUCGAAGCGUUAUUUUACAGAGCACACUACAUACUACUAAUUCUAUAAAUAAUAAGGAGAAUAAAAAACCGCUUAUCAUCGAAGAUUAUAAUGCGUCGAAAGGUGCGGUAGAUACUUUGGAUAAACUUGUCGCUUGCUACUCAACGAAAAGAAAAACUAAAAGAUGGCCAGUAGCAGUUUUUUGCAACAUUAUUGAUAUAUCGUGUUAA